CCAUAGAACAUUUUAUCCAGGUACUGUUAAAACAACGUAAUAUAAACAAAAUAAAUACGCGUUACGCAUAUAAAGAUGGAGACCACUGAAGUAGAAUUUAUCGCUGAGUGCUACAACGUGAAAAUAGUACCGAAGUUUAACCAUCCCGCUAUUCACCUGAUCUCUGGCGAUUUGGGUCCUUUUAUGGCCGGUAUGCCCAUUUCGGUGCCGUUAUGGGCGGCACUUAACCUUCGCCAGCAGCAUAAAUGUCGAAUUCUUCCUCCGGAUUGGAUGAAUGUCGCCGAGCUGGAACGGCUCAAACAGGAAGAGAAAGAGAGUCAGGUGUUCACAAAGAUCCCCACAGAGCACUACCGGGAGAUCACGCACUUACUUGUCGACGUGGCAGGCUCGGACCUACCACAGGCUGAAGAGGUGCAAACUCUUGUCAAGGACUUAUGGGAUAUUCGGCUGGCUAAAUUGCGCGCUUCUACAGAUGUUUUUAUCAAAAGUGACCAAGUUCAUGCCCAGGUGGAUCACCUCACAAUGAUGGAGCUUAACAGCGUCCGCCCACUUCUUCUCAAAUCUUUGCGACACAUCUCUCAGUUGACCAAGGUUCCUCAAGGGCAGAAUUCCUCGGUCAAUGAAUCAGGGACGAUCAGUAUCUCUGUGGCUUCAGCAGAUCAAGAUGAUUAGUAUUAAGUAGAAAAUAUCUG